AUGGUUGAGACUCAAGGUCGAGGGACGCUUCACUUGCACCUUCUUGCUUGGGUUUAUAGCGCUCCACGUUCCACGUCCGAGUUCGAGGCCCGAUUGCAGGCAGACCUCAACUAUGAAGCGAUGGUGCUGAAGUACUCAGAGGGCAUUGUGUCCAAUUCGCUGUCCAUUGACCUCCUUCAGACCCCCUGCAAGGCGUGUGAGCAUGUGGAUACCAAGUAUGAAGCGCUCGACCCUCCCUUGACAGCCUUCGAAAAACCACGUCGCUCAGAAGGCGUGCUUCCAAAAGAGCCCAUUAUGGCCAAGUGUGGACAUUGCAACACGAUGGUCAGCUCCCAGCACUUGGUUCGGCAAGCCCUCUUUCAUUCGAGGCCAACAGUGUGGCCUGUUGAGUUGCCCAAGCUUUCUCAUUCUGCAAUUGACAAGUACUUGAACGAGGAAGCAUCGUUCUUGAAGUCAACAGCCGGAAAGGAGUAUGAUCCCGAGCGAGCACAUGACCACAUGCGUUCGAGCUUCCAGGCAUACCUAGCAGGCACUGUCCACAUGGAAUCCAACGUCGACUAUCAAGAGCUUCUGGCUGGUGCGCGAGCAAAUCUCGAAGAGUCCAACACAGCGUCGAAUACGUACGUUGCCCCCGACAAAGACCCAUUUUGUUUGGAUCCUAUCUACCGCGAGCUGUCGAGCAUGCCGUUUGGGCCAAAUGAGACCCGACUACCUGACGAGACGGUCUUGUUUGUCAUUGCUACGUUGGCAUCAGUGUUGCAAGUGCAUUGGUGGUCGCAUUGCUCUUCGUGCUUCAAACAAAGCCGCAACACAAGAGGUGCACAAAUGUGCCGAUAUUUGAUCCCUCGGGCCCGAGUUGAAGUUGGACGCAUUGGCACGUCUGCAAUCUUGCUCGUGAGGAGGCUCGGCGAAGAGUACAUCAAUGGAUACAGCGAUGUCAUCCUUUGUGCUUUCAAGUGCAAUCACGACAUUCAAAUCAUGAUCGGUGGUGCUGAAAUGGCUGAGCGCAUCUACUACGCCUGCAAGUACACCACCAAGGGCCAACAGAAGCGAGAACUCUCAACAGCUGAAGGUGGGGUGGCCCUGUCCGAUGAAGUCAAGUGCCGUCGUCGCUUGGCGUCGCUCAUGUUCGACAUGACGAGAAAACAAGAAAUUGCUGGCCCGUUGUGUGCCUUGUACCUGUUGCGCGAGUCGUGCGCUUACACAAGCCACUUUUACAAGAAAAUGUCCAUCCGCCACGUGUUGAAGUUCUUGCACCAACACAGCGACACUCCAUUUCAACUUGAAGUGGCCACCAACAUCAAGGGUAUCACGCGUCCACAACUGGGGGAAUGUGAUGCUUCUCACAUCGAAUCCUCCAACGAUGGGUCGGAAAGUGACUCCUCAGACCUCGAAAGUGACGACGAAGAAGAUACUUCACCACUUGCUGGACCAAGUCGCCCUGAGAAAUCAACCUUAUUUGUACCGGUUGGUCCAGCAGAAGAUUACAUCAACAGACCUGAUGGCAUGUGUAAGGACAUCUCAUGGUUUGAGUUCACGUCAAAGUUCUUCCGCGCGAAUUGCGCAGACGGCACAUCGUCCGAUAAAUAA